AUGAAUAACUUCACCCCCAUGACAAUCUGGAGUCUGUUGGGUAUCCCUCCACCCAACCCCUACCCCAAAGGAACCCGAGUCUGGUAUAAUAUGUGUAGCGGUGGCCUCAUGUUUGCAACCGUAGACUCCACCGGCAGGUUGCCAGACGGGACGAUACUCUUGACCAUCAUCAAUGACGACGGCGAGAGGGUUACCUUACCCCCAAGCGUUCCUCGUCCUGCUCCACCACCAUGGUUGGAGCCGGAGGCCCAAGCAUCUGUUGAAAGGGUCAGCCCACCAGAUCCCAAGGAGGUUCAUCUUGACACAGCGCUCUAUCAGAAGAAGAUUGACUUUAGGUCCUUGAGCCCCCCACCGAACUUCGACAUGCAGACGAUGCAGCAGGAGAUCAGAAGACUUGCUCAUGGCCAAGCCGACCUCCUGCAGAAACUCCGAGACCAACAAGCGCAAGUCAGCGUCAUGGAGUCGUCUACCCCUACUAUGCGAGAGUAUUCGGCAUUUGUGGUCCGAAAACAAGAUAUUGACACAAGUGCCCUUCUCCCCCCGGCGGUUGACUCACCCGUGACCCUGUCACAACGUCUUUUGGCGCUCGAAGAGAUUACCCGGUGUAUUCAAGAUCAAGAUUUGGCUAGCCGUCCUCUGUCGGAGAAAAUUGCAAGUCUAGAGACCUCCGUUUGGUUUCAGGAAGAAAAAAUCACCGGAGCGACUCGCCGGAUGGACCGUAUUGAAGAGUCUGCCCACAUGCGUUGGAAGGAAACACAAGAAGAUUUGCAGUCCAUCCGAAGUGAUCACCAGAGACUGGAAGCCGAGGUGAGGGAAGCCGUCAAGACACUGGAGAACAAGUGGGAGACUACGCCAGCUGUGUUACAAGAGAGUCUCACCUGGGGCUUUGAGAAACUUGCAAGCCACAUCGAAACUGCCGAGCUAACGCUCCACGACCUCACCAAAUCAGUCACUACUAUUUUGGAGCUCAACCUGCGGCUCAGUGCUCGCCAAUCAAGUCUGGAAUCGCUCAUUAUCCAGUUCCUUGGCAGCAAGGAGAAGAAGCACACUGGCAUCAAUACCGAUCGCUCAGUCUCACCCGACCGCGGUCAGAAAAGCCAGCAGGUACAAGUCUCCCCGACCCCGGGUGUCGUUCUGCCAAACCCAGUUUCAACCGAUCACACGCAAGUCUCUCCAACCCCGGCCGUCUUUCUGCCUCCAGCAUCUGAGAGCCCAGCGGUCCUUCUGUUGGCGCCAAACCCAAUUCCUCCAACCCGGGCAAGUUCGCCUGGUCCUUACAUUGGGGGUAAUAGGAAGUCACCUCGGCUACAGAAACUCGAACCCACACUUCAAACCCCCGCACAGACCAGCCGAGUGCGGUUGUUUGAGCCAGACCCGUUCCAACAUGGCCGGCCGAUCUUCACUAAGUUUUGGACAGAUACGACUACUUGGGACGUCCGGGACUAUGCUGCGGACUUGUCACCGAGACAGAGUGGAAGCAAUGAGGAGUUGGAGAAGAAACUCUUGGCACGAUUCCCACCGAUCUACGAAACAGCCGGGUCCGAUAUCCCCUACCUCGAUCAACCGUGCCAUAUAACCGACCGGCAGGGUCACAUUUUACUUUGGUACUUUCCUGAAAUGUUCUCAGAACAGCUUCGGACAUUUAUUUGGGAUCACACAGGUUCUUUGAGCCCCAAAAAGAGAAGUAAUGGGACUUGGCGGGAUCACCACCCCGAGAAUGAAGGGGUCACUGGGAUUGUAAAUUUAUCACCCAGCUGGUUUUCUCAAGGACAUGAAGGUCCCGAGGAUCCACUGCGUGCGUCAGCCGAUAUUCAGGAACCUGCCAAUUCAACCUACCUCCAGAAUGUCCUAUUGGCCAAUGCAAUUGUUGGCACAAUCUAUGCCGUCAUACAACCCGAUCUUUUUGAGUCCGGUUUAGCCACCUUUGAGAAGCUUGCCAAUCAUGCCGAGGCAUUGGACGAUCCUAUCAAUAUUGCUCUUCGCGUUUGGGCCACUCCCUUCACCGGUCUUUCAGUCAUCCUGAACCGGAAAUGGCCGCAGUUGGGCAUGAUGUGGAGCAUGCAAUUGACGUGGACAUGGAGGUUGUCCGAGGGUGGUAUCGACAUAGAGAUGGCUGAAGUCAAACAUGAGGAAACCGAGGUCGGUGCCAUUCCAAAAGCCGACAAAGACGUGGGCCGGGUGACUCCCACCAUAAUCAUUGAGCCACCCACACCACACACAUCGGCAAUUUUCAAGAGCACUGAGACCGAGGUCGGUACCAACACUGACAAAGGAAAGGGCUGGGAGAUUGGGCUGCCAGCCAGUGAGAUGGAGUGGAUCGUGCCCGAGUUAGCAAUGCGGCCGGAAUUGGGCUUGGCUGUCAAUUAUAUCCAACAAAGCUUUACACCCCCACCUGUUGAGUGCACGUCCUGGCCAGAAGGUUCGCGUUUGGUAUCCCGUUCUCGGCAGGUCAGCCCACCAGAUCCCAAGGAGGUUCAUCUUGACACAGCGCUCUAUCAGAAGAAGAUUGACUUUAGGUCCUUGAGCCCCCCACCGAACUUCGACAUGCAGACGAUGCAGCAGGAGAUCAGAAGACUUGCUCAUGGCCAAGCCGACCUCCUGCAGAAACUCCGAGACCAACAAGCGCAAGUCAGCGUCAUGGAGUCGUCUACCCCUACUAUGCGAGAGUAUUCGGCAUUUGUGGUCCGAAAACAAGAUAUUGACACAAGUGCCCUUCUCCCCCCGGCGGUUGACUCACCCGUGACCCUGUCACAACGUCUUUUGGCGCUCGAAGAGAUUACCCGGUGUAUUCAAGAUCAAGAUUUGGCUAGCCGUCCUCUGUCGGAGAAAAUUGCAAGUCUAGAGACCUCCGUUUGGUUUCAGGAAGAAAAAAUCACCGGAGCGACUCGCCGGAUGGACCGUAUUGAAGAGUCUGCCCACAUGCGUUGGAAGGAAACACAAGAAGAUUUGCAGUCCAUCCGAAGUGAUCACCAGAGACUGGAAGCCGAGGUGAGGGAAGCCGUCAAGACACUGGAGAACAAGUGGGAGACUACGCCAGCUGUGUUACAAGAGAGUCUCACCUGGGGCUUUGAGAAACUUGCAAGCCACAUCGAAACUGCCGAGCUAACGCUCCACGACCUCACCAAAUCAGUCACUACUAUUUUGGAGCUCAACCUGCGGCUCAGUGCUCGCCAAUCAAGUCUGGAAUCGCUCAUUAUCCAGUUCCUUGGCAGCAAGGAGAAGAAGCACACUGGCAUCAAUACCGAUCGCUCAGUCUCACCCGACCGCGGUCAGAAAAGCCAGCAGGUACAAGUCUCCCCGACCCCGGGUGUCGUUCUGCCAAACCCAGUUUCAACCGAUCACACGCAAGUCUCUCCAACCCCGGCCGUCUUUCUGCCUCCAGCAUCUGAGAGCCCAGCGGUCCUUCUGUUGGCGCCAAACCCAAUUCCUCCAACCCGGGCAAGUUCGCCUGGUCCUUACAUUGGGGGUAAUAGGAAGUCACCUCGGCUACAGAAACUCGAACCCACACUUCAAACCCCCGCACAGACCGAGUGCGGUUGUUUGAGCCAGACCCGUUCCAACAUGGUCAUGGACCCAGUAAACUGCAUGACCGAAUACUGGACCAUGACCGGCAAAGAAAAGCCAAGUGUCAACUGGAUGGGACCAGGUUGGGCUGAUCCACGCUGCAUGGGAUUCAAAGCUCUUCAGCAGACCCAUGACACAUGA